UUAGUUUUACUUUGUUUCAUUUUGCAGAACCGACCUGCUGAGCUGAUUGCUAAGUUUCUGGAUGAGAAGCUGCGUGCUGGUAAUAAGGGUACUUCUGAAGAGGAAUUAGAGGGUACACUUGACAAAGUUUUGGUAUUAUUCAGGUUUAUCCAGGGUAAAGAUGUCUUUGAAGCCUUCUAUAAGAAGGAUCUUGCAAAAAGACUCUUGUUAGGGAAGAGCGCUUCUAUUGAUGCGGAGAAAUCCAUGAUCUCUAAGCUCAAGACUGAGUGUGGUAGUCAGUUCACGAACAAACUUGAAGGAAUGUUCAAGGAUAUUGAGUUAUCGAAGGAGAUAAAUGAAUCGUUCAAACAAUCAUCCCAAGCUCGGACGAAACUACCAUCUGGGAUUGAGAUGAGUGUCCAUGUCUUAACAACAGGGUAUUGGCCCACAUAUCCACCUAUGGAUGUUAGGCUUCCUCAUGAGCUCAAUGUUUACCAGGACAUUUUCAAGGAGUUCUACUUAAGCAAGUACAGUGGGAGGCGACUGAUGUGGCAAAACUCAUUAGGUCACUGUGUCUUGAAAGCAGAGUUCCCAAAGGGUAAAAAAGAGUUGGCAGUUUCCUUAUUUCAGACUGUUGUUUUGAUGUUGUUUAAUGAUGCUCAAAAGCUUAGCUUUCAAGAUAUAAAGGAUUCUACUGGCAUAGAAGAUAAGGAACUUAGAAGGACUUUGCAGUCCCUUGCAUGUGGAAAAGUCCGUGUCCUACAGAAGUUGCCCAAGGGGCGGGAUGUUGAGGAUGAUGAUCAGUUUGUUUUUAAUGAUGCAUUCAGUGCUCCUCUUUAUCGGAUAAAGGUGAAUGCAAUCCAGAUGAAAGAAACAGUUGAGGAGAACACAAGUACUACAGAAAGAGUAUUCCAGGACCGUCAAUAUCAGGUUGAUGCUGCUAUUGUUCGGAUAAUGAAGACAAGGAAAGUGUUGAGUCACACACUUCUGAUAACUGAACUCUUCCAACAGCUUAAGUUCCCUAUAAAGCCUGCUGAUUUGAAGAAAAGGAUUGAGAGCCUGAUUGACAGGGAGUACCUGGAGCGAGACAAGAGCAAUCCUCAGAUAUACAAUUACUUGGCAUAGUCCAGUUUGUCACAAUCUCAUGUAAAUGACACGGGGAAGUUUUUGGGUUUUGUCUGGAGGCAGGAUGUUUAAAUCCCUUGUCAUAUUCGUGUACAGUAACUUGUAGCCUUUUUUCUUUUCUAUCUUUUUGGCUGUCAACAUUGUAAUUGUAAAGCAUAUUUAGUCUGUUUGUUACAUGUUUUUUUUUUCCUUUUUCCUUUGCCCUCAUAGACUUAAAUAGAUUGCUAGAUUUUUUUU